AUGAAGGCAGAGCAAGGGAGCGCGGCCCAGGAUGCGGCGGGGGGGGUGUUGCCCCCCGAGGCGGCGUUCCAGCUGACGUACGAGCACAUGUACGCGGCCGCGGCGCUGUUCACGAUCGAGCUGUUCCAGGCGUGCGCGCGGAUGGACCCACACGGCGAGACGUCGGUUGCAGCGCGCGCAGCGCGGGAGCAGGAGGAGACGUCGACGAUGUCCGCGCUGCUCGCGUCCACGAAGUCGCUGUUCACCAGCAAGCAGAAGCGCAAGGGCCGGGAGCACCUCGACGCGAAGCUCGAGGCGCAAUGGCUCGAGUAUCCAGGUGGGGAGGUGCUGUGGGGCAGGCACGGCCUUCUCGAGCGCCUGUACACGCACCUGGGCAUCCAGGAGUCGCAGUGGCCGGCGCUGCUCGUCCUCCCAAGCCUCCUGCUCUCCAUCGCCAGCACCAACAUCAGCACCGCGACGAGCGAGCGCAUCGAGAUGGACAACGAAAUGGUCGCCACGCACGUCGCCAUGUACCGCAACGUCCUCGAGGAGUGCAACCGCACCGCGCCGCCGACGGGCCGCGACACGCCCGCGGCAGUGAUCGAGGACGCGCAGCAGCGCGCCGCCGACGUGCGCGCGGGCGACGGCGCUGGCGACGGUGCGGGCGACGGCCCUGCGCCGCUGGUGGAGUACGAGGCGGGCGUUCCAGACACGCCGGCGCCGGACGCGAGCCAGGCAGCGUCGGACCCGCGCCUGGCGCUGGUGUGGGAGGUCCUGCAGGGGUGUUUGGGGGGAGUCGAAAGGGACGUUGACGUGGACGAGCCGCAGUGGCACCGCUGGUACGACGCGCGGUCCCGCGUGGCGAUCAAGGGCGUGGCGCAGCACAUGGGAGUUCCGUGGACGCACAUCAUGCCCCUGGAGGCGGCGCUCGCCGCCGCGCUCGUCGUUCCGCAGCCUCCGGAGACGGAGGGCAAGGGUGCGAUGAACUACAAGAGGUACCUAGGUGUGGGGGCGGCGGCGAUCGGGGGCGGGGCGCUGCUGGCGGUGACGGGCGGCAUGGCGGCGCCGGCGAUCGCGGCGGCGGUCGCGGGCACGAUGGGCACGCUGGGGGUGUCUGCGGGGGUGAUCGCAGCAGUGUCGACGGUGACGACGACGACGACGGUGGUGGCCGGGCUCGGGACGUACGGCGCGCACAGCUUCGCGUCGAAGACGGCGAAGCGGCUGGGCGGCGUGGAGGAGUUCACGCUGCAGGAGAACCACGUCGGCGCGACACUCGCGAAGGAGCGCGCGUACCUCGAGUGGGCGUUGCUGCACGUCGGCGGCAAAGUCAAGGACCAGGCCCUGGUCAGCGUGCUGACUCAGGGCCUGACCUCGCUGCGCAGCAAGGAGGCGCAGGCCGAGAAGGCGCUCGCGGACGCCGCCGCCGCGCAGCAGCCGCCGCAGGCGUCCGCGGAGGCGGGCGUCGGCGGUGCCGACAGCUCUGCGGCCGGGACGGACGCGGCUGCGUCGGGGAGCGAGAGGAGCACGCCGUCGAAGAAGAAGCGCGACCGGACGUGGGGCGAGAAGCUGCUUCCGCGCUACAUCGCUGCGUCGAUGCGGGAGAAGCGGUUGGGGAAGAAUGUAGACCUCCCGUGGGACCCGUCGGUGGCGCACGUGCGGCUGAGCCUGACGGUGGCGGUGACGGGGUGGGCGACGGAGGUCGAGGACUUCACGCAGCCGUGGGAGUGGCUCGACUGCGGGGACUCGGAGCGCAUGUGUUUGCUGUGGGACACCAACGAGGUGAUGAAGCUGGGGACGUACCUCGAGGACUUCGUCCUGUCGAAGAUCGCGGGCCAGGCCAAGAAGUGGGCUGCGCAGGCGCUGAUCGGGAGCCUCAUGAUGGCGAUGGCGCCGCCGCUCGCGGUGCUGUCCUUCUCGAGCGCCCUCGACUCGAAGUGGGCCGUCGUCGCCAACCGCGCCGAGCGCGCCGGGCAGCUCCUGGCGGAGAUUCUCCUGGCGCGCUGCCACGGCGACCGCCCCGUGCGGCUCGUCGCGUCCUCCUUCGGCGCCCUCGUGAUCAAGUCCUGCCUCCUGCACCUCGCCGAGCACGGCGCGCGCGGCACGAUCGAGGAGGUCGUCUUCCUCGGGGCGCCGAUCGCGAGUUCCGGAGCGGAGUGGGAGGCUAUGAGGUCCGUGGUCGCGGGGCGGCUCGUCAACGGGUGGAGCUCGCGCGACUGGCUGCUCGCGGUCCUGUUCCGCGUCGUGCGGCUCACGGUGGGCAUGGCGGGGCUGAAGGCGGUGGACCACCCGGGGGUAGUAAAUGUGGACCUGUCAGACGUGGUGUCGUCCCACGGGAGUUACUCCGCGCCCGGACGCAUGCGCCGCGUGCUCCAGGCGUGCGGACUGGCACGGGAGGCGACCGAGGGCGAGGACACGUCCAUGGAGGCCGAGAUCGAGGGCCCGAUCGACCCGGACGAGCCGCCAGCAGCGGGCGGCGCGGACGCGCAGGCUCCGCCCGCGCCCGCAGCCCACGCGCGCGCCCCGGGGGCGGACCAGGCCGCGCAGGGCGGCGAGCGCCACGCGCUGUGA